UCUGGAUGUUUUGAAGCUUGCUGAGUGCCAAGCUUUCUCGAGGGUUAUAGAGAAGGAUUUCUGGCUGUUGGCCUGAAUUAAGACAUGAAGAAAUACAGAGAACGAUGGAGAGCAAAUUCUGCAUUUUGACUGAAACAGAAGACCUCAAAACCCUGAUUUCGAGCACCGAAGAGAGUCUGCAAAUUGAAAGGACCAAGACAUUGUUUGAGGAGAUCCGUGCAUCCAUCAACAACAAUGAUGAAGAGGACCGUUCCUUUUGGAGGCCUGUGCUCCCAUGGGGGGGCGUCUACACCAUCAGGGCAGGGAGGAAGGCCAUCUCAUGCACCCCUCUGUAUGUUAAGAUAAGCCUAAAGAACACCUGCACCAUCGAUGGGUUCCUCAUGAUUCUUUAUGUAAUUUUGAGAGACAACCAGAGCUUUCCCCGGGAGGUGGGCAUAUUCCUGGGCAGGCAGUUUGUGGAGCAUUUCCUCUACCUGAUGGACUCGUAUGACUACACCACCGUUAAGAUGCUGUGGAUCUGGGACAGGAUGUCCAAGAGGCAGUACCGCUCAGUGAUCCACCAUGCAGCGUUGGAGAUCGACCUGUUUGGUAAUGAACAUGAGAACUUCACCAAGAACUUGGAGACAAUGAUGUCUACCAUGCAGGAGAGUCUGUGCACCAACUGGAGCUGUCCUGCUCGUUUCCAGGAGUUCAUACAGAAAACCAUCAACAUCAAUCCUCCUCAUGAGCUGCCCCCUAGAGAUCCCAUUCAAUCAGCUGUGGAUGAGUUCUUCUGUCCCAAGAUCAUUCUCUGCAAAGAACUGGGGUGCAAUGGGUUGAGGGAGUUCUCUCAGAGGGUCUUCUGCCAUGGACCACCUCCUUUUGUCAUUCUCAACAUGCAGCUUUGGAAGUCUGAGGAGCUGUCCUAUGUUCCCUACCAUCUAGCCCUAUCCCAACACAGGUACUCACUGGAGGGCGCUACACUCUUCAACAAGGAGGAGCAUCACUACUCUGCAGCCUUCCAGAUAGACGGCUACUGGAUGCACUAUGACGGGCUGAGGAGCGACAACCUGAUCCUGUUAAACAAGCCCCCUGAACUCCUCCUUCUCUCUUCCCUUGUCUACAUCCGCGCCUCAGACAAAUGAGAUGCACUAAUGUAACCAAGCAGGGAUGGGGUCAGUUCCAUUUUUCAUUCCAUCAUUUCAGGAUGAAAAUAAAUUAUCCUGAAUUUACUUGAAUUGAAAAGGAAUUGACCCCAAUUGUGUCACCAUGGUCCAGAAGGGACACAGAAGGAAGGAGGUAGAUACUAGACAACACUGAUAGGAAGGCAUCUUUUGAAAAAUGCACACUAACACCUUCCUAUUUAUUGCCCUUCAUUCACAGAAAUAGUAUCCAAGUUACUUUACAUUUGGCUCAUGAUGGUUUUGUCUUCCAUUCCACAGUGAGCUCUUACCAGAUACUUUUAUCACCUAAUCAUAUUUAAUGACAUUUUUAUCUCGUUUGAAAAGGCUUAUACCACAUUUCUAACUUUUUAGGAUAUCAUGUCAACAACUUCCUUGUUUUGUUUUUAUACUUUGAGAUUACUUUUUGGAAUUAUGUGCUCCCUUUUGCCUGACUGUUGCCUCAAACACUCACUGUGCAAAAUAAGUGCAUCUUCUCUUUGGGCAUGCUUGGAAUCCAAGAAUAUAUGCAUGGACUAUAAUAGUUCUGGGGAGGUAUGCAUAUUGAAGAAUCAACUCAACCUUAAAUAGCUUUACUGCUAAAAAAAAAAAAAAAAAAUGUUUGCAG